AUCCAAGCUACAUCGGUCGGGAAUGCUGGAGUCAUUUGAUCUUGAAUCAUAUGACACAUGCGAAUCUUGUUUAUUGGGUAAGAUGACCAAAUCUCCUUUCACCGGACACGGUGAAAGAGCUGGUGAUCUUCUGGCACUCAUUCAUAGUGAUGUGUGCGGGCCUUUCACUACAACUGCACGAGAAACAUUUUGGGGGUAUGCGCUGAGCACUGCAAUAUAUACUCUUAACCGAGUUCCAACCAAGGCGGUUGAAGGAACACCAUACCAGCUAUGGACGGGCAAAUGCCCAGUUCUGUCACACUUAAAGAUUUGGGGCUGUGAGGCUUAUGUCAAACGUCUUUUGACGAAUGGCAAGCUUGACGCCAAGUCUGAUAAGUGUUUCUUCGUGGGAUAUCCAAAGGAAACUCGAGGGUAUUCAUUCUAUCACCCUAUCGAUAAGAAGGUAUUCGUUGCUCGCAAUGGUGUCUUCCUCGAGAAGGAAUUUCUCUCCAUCGCAACUAGCGGGAGAAAGAUAGAGCUCGAACAAAUUCGAGACGACGAAGAAACUACCGCACCGGUUCUGGAACAUGAGCUAGAGGAACAAACUAUUGUACCUCAAAAUGCUCAAGAUACACAAGAACCUCGUAGGUCUAACCGGUUACGCACACAACCUGAAAGGUAUGGAUUCCUCCUAACCUUUGAGGGAAACGAUAUUCCUACUUUAACCACCGUCAAAACGUGGUUGAGUAAGAGUUUUUCUAUGAAGGACUUGGGAGAUGCCAGUUAUGCACUUGGCAUAAGGAUCUAUAGAGAUAGAUCACGGAAGCUGUUAGGUCUCAGUCAAAGUACAUACAUAGACAAGGUCCUUGCUAGAUUCAGCAUGUCUGAGUCGAAACGAGGAAGUUUGCCUAUGGCCCAAGGCACGAGUCUUUCCAAGACUCAGGGUGCUUCCACUCCGAAGGAAGUAGAACGCAUGAGAAAUGUUCCUUAUGCGUCGGCCAUUGGAUCCAUCAUGACUAAGGAUGCCUUCCUGGUAUAUGGCGGAAAAGAAGAGCUCAGUAUUGUUGGAUAUACUGAUGCCAGCUUCCAAACUGAUAGAAAUGACUUCAAGUCGCAGGCAGGCAUCAAGAACCCUCUACCGUUGUUUUGCGACAAUAAUGGGGCAAUUGCACAAGCGAAAGAACCUCGGUCUCACCAGAAGACCAAACACAUCGUUAGACGUUAUCACAUCAUACGAGAAAUCAUUGCACGUGGGGACGUUGAGAUUUGCAAGAUAGGUACAGACGACAAUAUCGCGGAUCCGUUGACGAAGGCUUUGGGAAAGCCUAAACACGAGAGUCAUACGUGGUCCAUGGGCAUUCGAGAAAUGCUUGAUUAGCCUUAGGGCAAGUGGGAGAUUGUUGUAUUUAGGUGCCCUAGCGGCAAUCAAAUACCUAUGUAACUGUACACUUUAUCAUGAAUGAAAGGCCUUGAAGUAU